AUGGCGACUACCAACUCCUUGUCGUCGCUUCUAGCACGACAAGCACCAAGCCAAACUAAUAUCCCAGAUUCAGUGCCGUACACAAAUGCUCCACGGAUCAUUGCAAUUGUGGGCACGCUUACCGGUCUUUCAGCCCUUUUGGUAAUCCUACGGUGUUAUGUUCGGAUCUUCGUCCUGCGCCGGUUUCAUGUCGAAGACGGCAUCAUGAUAAUAUCUUUGGCAUGUGCAGUUGGCGUACUUGCGUGCUUCGUCGGGGAAUGUGACCACGGUCUUGGUCGUUUCUUCAAGGACAUUGGCCCGAAUGACUAUGAACUACUGGCCAAAUGGCUAUGGUAUCACUCCAUUAUUAUCGUUUUGGGGAUCAGCCUGGUGAAGAUAUCCCUUGGGAUCUUUCUGAUUCGAUUUGCCGGCCAGAAAAAGGGAUUGAAGAAGUUCAUUUUAGGAACAGUCAUCUUUUUGGUGCUCGCUACAGUUGGUUGUAUUUUGACGUUGAUUCUUCAGUGCAUUCCGGUUCAAGCUGCCUGGGAUUAUUCUCUAAGAAAGAAUGCAAAGUGUUACUCCAACAAGACUUACCUGGCAAUCGGCCAAUUUAAUAGUGCCAUUAAUAUUACCACGGAUUUUCUCUACACAACUCUGCCCGUAUGGAUGUUUUGGAACAUCCAAGUCAAUAAGCGAACCAAGACAUCUCUGAUGGGUAUUCUCAGUCUAGGAUACUUUGCGUGUGCUGCAGCUAUAGCUAAGGCAGUGCUUCAACCGAGGGUCUACACCCAGCCGGAAUUUUUUCGCGAUGGCAACUAUCUCAUAUGGAAUUGCAUUGAGCUAAACAUAGGAAUCCUUGCCGCCUGCUUCCCUACCAUCAAACCACUCGUCAAGUCCAUUAUCGGCAGCAGCAGAGGCAGAUCCUACGGAUCCCGUUCUCGAAAGCGCACCGGCAACGCCUAUUGUGAUCCCUCUGCCUACGGUCCGAAUAGUCAUGCAAUGGGCUCAAUGCAAGGCAGUCGAAUGGAUAGAGAGGAGCAGAAGUACCAGGUACAGAUCCAUGCCAACCACCCCUCGGUCUCUGAGUCGGAUGGGGGCAGUGAAGAGAACCUUGCAACGAAUAGGCAGUCCCAUAGGAUAAAUACAUCUGGGAUUGUACAAACCACGGAAGUGAUUGUGCACAGCGAGUAUAGCAGUGAGAUGGGAGUUCCAGGACCGAAGAGGACGGUUGAGGAUCGAAUAUGA